CUGGAAGGAGCGGAGUGAAGCACUGGUGUUGGAAGGCGUGGUCACCUCGCAUAGGACGCGCAUCUUGAAGGGCGUGACCCCCAGGAGCUGGGCGCCCGCAGAGCGCCGGGCUGGGUUGGUACGCUGUGUAGCGGGCGCUGUAUACAGUUGCUCACAGCGGCUCCUUUAACUCCGGGGCGCCACCCCUGCCGCCCCGCCUCCGGCCCGGGUUUAGUUGGCGGCGGGGCUGGGGCCGCCGCGCGAGCGAGAUGGAGCUGCACAUCCUAGAGCACCGGGUGCGGGUGUUGAGCCUCGCCCGCCCGGGUCUCUGGCUCUACACCCACCCUCUCAUCAAGCUGCUCUUCCUGCCCUGCCGCAGCCGGAUUCCUUCCGGAUGCUGGGGUCCAGAUCCCAAGAGCUUGGCCCUUAAAAGGCGUGUGGAUCUGGAACUGCCCCCAUCUGAAUUUCUGCAAGUGGCUGAGGCCACAUGGCUGGUGAUGAAUGUGUCGUCGCACAGUGGUGCAGCAGUGCAGGCUGCUGGGGUCACUAAAAUUGCUCGCUCGGUCAUCACACCACUGGCUGAGCACCACGUAUCUGUGCUGAUGCUGUCCACUUACCAGACAGACUUCAUCCUGGUGCGGGAGCAGGACCUCUCUGUGGUGAUCCACACUCUGGCCCAGGAGUUUGACAUUUACCGUGAAGUGGGUGGGGAGCCUGUACCUGUUGCCAGGGAUGAUUCCAGGAAUGGCUUUCCUCGUGCCCAGCAUGCAGGGCCCAGCCCCACAGUGCAUCCCAUUCAGAGUCCGCAGAACCGCUUCUGUGUCCUCACACUGGACCCUGAGACACUGCCCGCCAUCGCCACCACCCUCAUAGAUGUCCUCUUCUACUCGCACAGUGCCCCCAAGGAAGUAGCCCCAGGCAGUCCUGAGCCCAGUUCCAUCCCAUUCUUCGCCUUCUCCCUCAUUGAGGGCUACAUCUCUAUCGUCAUGGAUGCUGAGACACAAAAAAAAUUCCCCAGUGACCUCCUGCUGACCAGUUCCUCAGGAGAGCUGUGGAGGAUGGUGCGCAUCGGUGGACAGCCCCUGGGCUUUGAUGAAUGUGGGAUUGUGGCCCAGAUUGCGGGUCCCCUGGCUGCUGCUGACAUCUCUGCAUACUACAUCAGCACUUUCAAUUUUGACCAUGCCCUGGUGCCCGAGGAUGGUAUCAACAGUGUCAUUGCAGUCCUCCAGCGAAGGCCAGAGGGCCUGGCCUCCUAAGGCCUGUAGGGAUCAGUGCAGGAUCCCAGGAUUCUGGCUUCUGGGUUUCCAGAGACUUCUCUAAGCUAUUUCUUCAAGCUCUGGGAUGAUCUCCCCUGUUCCUGGCGGGGGAACCCUCAUUCCACUCUCUGUAUAUAAGCUGUGUGCUGGCACCGGCUCUUGUGGGUGUGUGUGCACACACAGGUGGAAUGGGCAGGUGCUAGCCCCACCGUGUGUCUACCCAUGCAGGGCAACAUGGUGCUCUGGGGCUUAAGCCCCCAACCCAUCACUCCCUGCUGUGGCCUCGGCAUUUGCACAGUCCCUGCCUGAGGCCUGAGCCAUCCCCCCUCAACUCCCUCUGGGGCUGGCUGCCCCCCCGGGCAGGGCCCCAUGUCUGGCUGGAUUGCCUCUAGCCAGGCAAAAUCUGACAGUGCCUCCCCCUCCCGGGGCUUCCAAGAAAAGUAUUUUUACAUCUCUGUCUUUCUCUCUCUUUUUUAAAAUCACCUGUUAAUAAAGGACUUCAUAUUGACCAGA